UAUAUGACAACAAAGCUUAGAAAAGGGGAGGGAACAAAAGAGAAAGAAGCAAAGGCGAUUCGUUUAAUUCAAUUGUCAGCGCGCGAAGCUGUGCGAAGGCUGCAGCUAGCGUAGGUAAAAGAGACAGAGAGCGAGAGAGAAGGAGAUAGCUCGGUGCGAUUAUUAAGCGUAGCACAGGUCUUCUUUCCGCGUUGCGAAGUUACUAAACCUUUAACUUUUUUAUCAACCCAACCGGUGCUUAAAUUGGGCGACAAUAAAUGGCGUAACAGCUAUUUUAAUCGUUGACUUUUUAUUUCUCUUUUGAGUAAUUGUGAAUAAUAUAUAUUUUGUCUAUUUGAGUGUUACAAUAGUGCGCACAAAUAUAAUACCCACAUGUAUAAAGAGACGUAGUAAAAAUAAAAGAACAGGAGAGACUCGUAGAAGCGAAAGCAUGCAAUGCUCUUGAAAAAGAGGGACCUUGUGCUGUUGGAUUGAUAUGCGCUGAUAUAUAGACCAAAAAAAUAAAGUAUCAAGAUGUUGAUAAAGGAGUAUCGCAUACCUCUUCCGCUGACAGUGGAAGAAUAUAGAAUCGCCCAGCUGUAUAUGAUAGCUAAAAAAUCGAGAGAGGAAAGCAAGGGUGCCGGUAGCGGCGUGGAGAUAAUUGUCAACGAGCCCUACACGAACGGGCCCGGCGGCAAUGGACAGUACACACACAAGAUCUACCACGUGGGCAGCCACUUGCCUGGUUGGUUCAAGAGUCUGCUGCCCAAGUCGGCCCUCAUCGCCAAAGAGGAGGCCUGGAAUGCCUACCCGUACACCAAGACUCGAUAUACCUGCCCUUUCGUCGAGAAAUUUUCCGUAGAAAUCGAGACGUAUUACUUCCCCGAUAAUGGCCAUCAGGACAACGUUUUUCAGCUUGGUGGCAGUGACUUGCGAAAUCGCAUCGUUGAUGUAAUCGAUAUCGUAAAGGAUCAGCUGUUCGGAGGCGAUUACGUACAGGAGGAGGAUCCAACAUUAUAUGUUUCCGAAAAAACGGGUCGAGGUCCACUGACAGAGUCAUGGUUGGAAGAGUAUUGGAACGACGUCAAAGGAAAGAAGCAACCUACCCCCUCUGGAAAAUCGCUGAUGUGCGCAUACAAAUUGUGCAGAGUCGAGUUUCGGUAUUGGGGCAUGCAAACCAAAUUGGAAAAAUUCAUUCAAGACAUAGCCUUAAGGAAAACGAUGGUCCGCGCGCAUCGUCAGGCAUGGGCAUGGCAAGACGAGUGGAAUGGCUUGACGAUGGAAGAUAUCCGAGAAAUCGAACGGCAGACACAACUGGCGCUUCAAGAAAAAAUGGGCCUCACCGAGGGCGGCGACGGCGAGCAGGUGGACAGCGAAGAUCACGAAGCGUCAGGCAGUGCCAACGCGACAAUCACGCCCCAGGACUCGGAUAAAGUGGCUAAAACGUUAGCCGCGACGCUCGGUAGCAUCGAGAAAACCGAGGAUCCCCAGAGUCCAGCUUCCUUGAGAAAACCGUCCGAAAUUCCCGUUAUCAACACAGCCGUCAGCUCUGAAGCCGAUAACACUCCCGAAGACUCGCCUACCGACAUCGUACCUCCAAGGAGAGAAAAAUCUGCUAAAACGGAUAAAGACAGGGUAUGGAAGAAGAGCAGUUCGUCGUUGCACUCUCCAAAGUCGACAAAAAGUUUAUCCAAUCAAAUAGCCAAUUGGCGAAUGGAAAGUAUCGUAAGAGAAUCUGAAUCCGGAAGCGAAGAUGAAUUUUUCGAUUGUCAAGAAAAUUUUGAACUCGAGGAUAACUCGUCAUUAGCUAAAUGGAGUUCUUUGGAUCUUCUAGCAGAAGAGGAGGAUUUGACCUCACCGACUGCUCUGGAUACGGAAAAGCAGGAUGACACGAUAUUCUCGCACGCCUACCUUCAACGUGUAGCAAGUGAGCGUAGCGGAAAACGGCUGGGGAUCCGGGCUUCGGCAAGCAUCGACGUCUCUUGCCCAGCAUCGCCCCAGCAUUCGCCCACCCAUCAGCCUUGCAACACCACAGUACUUCUCAUUGUCAUGCACGCAGGCAGUGUUUUAGAUGCCAAUGUAGACUUGACUGCGAAAAAAUCCGACAUAACGACUUUCAAAGGAGCUUUUGAGUCGGUAAUAAGACAACACUACCCAACGAUGGUUGGUCACAUAAGCAUAAAGUUCGUCUCCUGCCCAUCGAUCUGUACCGAAGGUCUCGGAAUAUUAUCUAGCCUCAGCCCGUACAGCUUCGACGUGUCGCCGUCGUGCAUGGACACGCCGCAGAUCACGCACGACACGAUACCGAUCGGCGCGAUACCGCUGCUGGCCACCUCGACGCCCGAGUACCAUGACUCGGUUUCCAAAGUCGUCACGGCGGCCAACCAGGUCUACCUGGAAUUCUGCCGCAGCGAGGAGGGCCGCGGCUUCAACGGCCAGGUCUGCUUCAUCGGUGACUCGGUCGGCUCCAUAUUGGCCUACGACGCUUUAUGCAGAACGUCGCAGUACCAGUCGCGCCACGACAGCGAGAACAGCAUACUCGAGCCGACGCAGCACGACAAUCACGAGUCCGCGACGACGGUCGACGACGGCAGACACCUGUCGGCUCCCUCGCCAAGAAGAAGGUCCUCGUCUACGAGCGACCACUCGCAUCAGUGCAAACUCGAUUUCGAAGUAAACGAACUAUUCAUGUUCGGCAGUCCCCUAUCUCUCGUUUUAGCCUACAGAAGAAUAUCGUCGAACAGCGGGGAGAAAAGCAGCAACAUCAACAGGCCGUGCGUCAAUCAAGUGUACAAUUUGUUUCACCCGUCGGAUCCCGUGGCCGCGCGUCUAGAGCCCCUGAUCUCGGCUCGUUUCUCCCUCCUGCCACCCGUCAACGUCGCUCGCUAUCAAAAGUAUCCUCUCGGCAACGGUCAUCCCUAUCAUUUACUGGAGACCAUUCAAACGAAUCCUCAAAUUUUUGCCGACGGACUAAACGUGCCUAAUGUGACCAUGUCCCACAUACGAAGACUGUCGGAUAUAUCAAUUCAUAGUACCAUGUCUGGUAUAGAUACCGUACCUCUUCAAGCUGUAUCUUCUCUCACUCAGAAAUGGUGGGGCACCAAGAGAAUAGACUACGCCUUGUACUGUCCGGAGGGCCUGGCCAACUUCCCGACCAAUGCGCUACCCCAUCUGUUUCACGCGAGCUACUGGGAGUCGUCGGACGUGAUCGCCUUCAUCGUGCGCCAGCUGGGCAGGUUCGACCUGCAGCUCCUCGGCAACGACGACAAGGAGCUCACCAACUUCCGUCCAGGCCAGCCGAGAGAGAAGUGGAACAAGAAGCGCACCUCGGUCAAGCUAAAGAAUGUCUCGGCUAAUCACCGAGCGAACGACGUCAUCGUUCGAGACGGCACGCCCCAGGUACUGGUGGCGAGAUUCGUCUACGGUCCCAUAGGGGUAAUCGCUUUGACCGGCGAAAAAGUUGACAUUCACAUAAUGAAGGACGUACGGGCGGGCGAGUGGGUGCUCUUCUCUACCGAAGUCACGGAUAAAACCGGCAGAAUCAAUUACCAGAUUCCCGAGGACAAAACUCUAGGCUAUGGACUCUAUCCCGUGAAAAUGAUCGUGAGAGGGGACCACACAUCCGUGGACUUCUUCAUGGCGGUGAUCCCACCGAAAACCGAGUGCGUGGUCUUCAGUAUCGACGGCUCGUUCACCGCCAGCGUAUCCGUCACGGGAAGGGAUCCCAAAGUCCGUGCUGGCGCCGUCGACAUCGUCAGGCACUGGCAGGAGCUCGGCUAUCUUAUAAUCUACAUAACCGGCCGACCGGAUAUGCAGCAACACAAAGUCGUUUCGUGGCUAUCGCAGCACAACUUCCCGCACGGUCUCGUAUCCUUCGCCGACGGUCUGACGACCGACCCGUUGGCCCAUAAAGCUGCUUAUCUGAAAAAUCUAGUUCAGGAGCAUGGAGUAGUGAUCCAUCACGCGUACGGCAGCAACAAGGACAUAAGCGUCUACCAGAUGGUAAAUUUGCUGCCCCAGCAGAUCUUCAUCGUCGGAAAAGUGCCACGAAAAAAUCACGCUUUAGCCACGGUGCUGCACGAGGGUUAUGCGGCUCACCUCGCUACCCUACAGGCCCACGGAGGCUCGCGACCGGCCCAGGGCAAUGCACGCAUGGUUUUACCUAGAGGACAGUUUGGUCUUCCAGGACAGAACGCGUCGCUUCGACGCCGAAGAUCAACCAAGAGAGCCACGUCACAACCUGUGGGCGCAGCAGUGGGCUUCGAGGACAAAUGUGGUGUAGGCGCAGCAACUGGUGCUGGCGCCGCUGCAGCUGCUGCUGCUGCUCAACAGCAAUCCGUGCCACUGGAGAGGAGCACUAGCGUCGGGCCGCCGAUGUCGCCGACGGCUCAUCAGCAGCAGCAUCAUCUGUCGGGUACCUUAGCCGGUCUCACCGGACGCUUCGCCGGUGCUCCCGACAAAUUAUGACGGUUUGCUCGCUGUCGCUCGUUACUCGAGCCACGGCGAUAAUUCCAGCGUAUUUAUGAUCUCGAUUAAAAAAUUAUUCAAUGAAUACGCGACGAUGGGGUCUCGAACUCCUAUAUGUAUAUGUAAGAGACGAUUGCGAACUAUUCUCCUAUCGCUUUUAUUCUUACUUUUCAUAUCCAGACUCGUUAUCAUUGCCUCAAGCUCUCUUUAAAAUGGCAUCGAACAUUUUUCCCCAAUGAUUUCAGUCCAGUGCUAAUAAAUAUUCAAAAAAAGUACUGUAUAAUUAAUAGACGUAACAGGAGUGGUUGAGCGUACCCUUGCCCAUGUACAAAUAUUUACCACUGUGGUCGAGUACAUUGAAAUGCUUAUUCAUUGAAAUAUUUUCAUAGUAAACAUUCAAUGUUUUACGAGGAAUUCGCAUUUUUACGAAACUUAUAAUUUCAUUAUUAUUACUGUAAUUAUUAUUCGACCUGAUUUUACGUAAUGUCAAGUUGAAUAUAUCUGUAAUUAUAAAAAGUCUUUCAUUUGACGGGAUCAAAUAUGCAAUUGAAAGCCACUCAGGCAUGGGCAGUUUUUUGUGGACACGUACAUUGUAUGUUGUCUCCUACGCUCGGCAGUGUAUAAUCGAAAGAUGAUAUAUACACACGUAAUAAGAUAUUCGAUAAGGGAGUUUGGGUUAAAACAAUUUGUCGUGAUAAUCAAAUUACUGUUCAUAAUUGACGUUAAUAUAUUUAUCAGAAGACAAGCGCGCCGAGACGGAACUCACUGUUGUCGUCGAGCGCUCUCGAGUAAAAUAUUCUAAAUGAUGCAUUUACGACGUGUCUACGGCAACGGAUGUAUAGAUAUUACAUGGUUCAUACUUAUAAAUAUAGCUAUAUUAGAUUUUAUGAUCGACUUACGUACGUGUGUUGUAUAAAUUUAACACUUUGCUCCUAUCUCACCCGGACAAAAUGAUUUGAUUUGAAACAAUGGAAGCUUGGUCGGUUUUUUUAAAAAAAAAAAGAAAAGAAAAAGAAAAAAUUCCCGCUCACUGUUACUACCAUAAGUAUAGCUUGAAUAUGAUUCUGUGAGGAAAACUAGUUUAUAAACUUUUUUGAAGGCUUUUUUGAAGACCUCGGAAAAUCUUUUCUCGUGCGCGGCACAGAGUAAGAACGGCGAGCGGGAAAGCUGCGAUGAGCAUAGAAAAAAAUUAUAGCGCAUGUAAAGAGAUAAGCAGCUGCUGUAGUACCUUGAUCAAAAGAAUCAAGAAAAUGUUUAAAACUUUUUUUAACGAAUGUAAGUAAUAGAAUUUAUAAUAUUCGUGAGAAGAUAAAAACCUAGGCUCGUUACGAGGCAAUAUAUACAUGUGUAAUACAUAAGUACACGUACAAUAUUCAUAAUGGAGAAACGUCGCAUGUGCGCUGUAGCUUGUAGAGUGACCAUUACAUCAUUUCUAACAAGGCAUAUGGCGUAGUAGAUGUUGAGUAUGUAAGUUGUUGGUUGUAGCGUUCACGAAUUAUAAAAUAAUGUGAAAGCCCCUACAGCAAGUAAACUAUACCAUAAACUUGAAUCAACGUUUCUUUUUAUACUCAGGAGGCGAAAAAAACAGUAUUUCGAUAUUAUUACAAUAUCACUCUCGUGCACGCAAUCGUAGGCAGUUUUUAAUUAAUUAUUAUUAUUAUUAUUAUUAUUAUUAUUAUUAUUAUUAUUAUUAUUAUAAUUAUUAUUAUUAUUAUUAUAUUUUAUAACGAUCAAUCGUGAAAUUUUUAAUGAUAAAUGUUAUUUGUGCACACGUGUGAGCAUGUAAUUAAAUUCAAAUGUUAUAAAAAAAGCAAUGUGCCAAAAAAGCUUACGUGUAUGUGGUCUUGGUAAAAAUGAAUUGAUCGUUGAACAUCAGCUUCGGCUGACUGCAAGCUAUGCGCAUGUGUAACUAGAUGUAUCUCCCGAUGUCACACCUAAAUACCAUUAAAUUAUCUUAUAUCGAGGGAAUAAAUGUCUAAUAGUUAGUAAAGCUAAAACGUUUCCAUACGAAGUCAAGUGCUGAUCUCAAGCAUUCUAGUGACCACAAUAUUAUAGAUAAACGCUUGUUAAGUUUUUUUGAUCUCUUUUAUUCUUUAAUACAGUCUCCACCGUUAUUAAUAUAAAUAAUUAUCUAGAUGUGUCGAGUAUAACACUGCUCUAUGUAUGCUAUAUGGCAUGUACGUGAUUUCAGCGGUGCUAUAUCUAUAUUUUUGUCAAAAAAGGCAAAGAAGAAGAAAAAAACUUGGCCCCACCUCGAGAAUUAUAUCGUUCAUCACGUAAUAAAAUUAAAAUUAAACUUUCUAUGUCUCUCUUGACGAAAAUCGGGAACGAGUUGCGGGCGCGCAAAUAACGACAACAAUUGAGCAAUAUAUAUGUAAGGCGAAUUCUCUGUGAAAUAGAAUGUCCAAAAAACUUUUAUUGAUAGCAUAAAAAAUUUGUUGUUUUUGAUGCCAUGCAUGCCCCCGACUGUUAUUCGAAUUUUCCAUCAAUCACUUUCGAAGGCUUGAUAAUGAUAUUUUUGCCGAAAUUCAUGAUUGUUACUAACUAAUAUUGAAGCAAUUUCUAGCUCAGCCCAGUAAAGGAAAAAUAUCGAAAAAGGGGUACUUCUAUCUUUUUGUGCUGUAUUGGUCUUUUAUUUAUGUUUUUUGUUUUUCAAUACUCUAGGAUUUCUCGUGAUGUUAGUUGAAAUUGUACAGAAGCUCCAUACGUUUUUUAUACAUAUAUUGACUUAUAUAUAGUAGCAAGCUCAUAAGGUGCUGAGGCUCUCUCUUUGAGUUCAUUUUUUCUGGACAGAUUGGCUAAUUAUCAGUAAAAAAUAUCUCUAGAAUUUUUUUCCUACCGUCACUCAGAACUGAGCUAGGUAUUUUUUGCAUAUUAGUAAUAAGCAUAUAAUUCGUAUAUACUUCGGGCCUCUGAAAAAGGGUAAUACGGAGUCCCAAAAAUUCUCAUCAAAUUUUAUUACAUAUAGGGUACGUAUAGGGUACAUGAACUUGUUAGUAUACAACCACCCGUUAAUAACUGACUUCCGUGAGCUAUUAUUUAAAGAAAUAGCAAUUAAAAUAAAGUGUAAUGAAUAUUUUUUUAACUUCUUUAAAGGUUACUAGAUAAUUCGGUAAAAUAGGCCACCUAAUAUUCAACCAAACAUUAAUAAUUUUCAGUUCAACGUUUCAAUUCAAUUUUUAAGAACGAAAACAGAUUUAUUAUGCACUUCAAGACACACUUAUUCAUUUAUAAAAAUUUUAGUCUUUGAAAAUAAAAAUACACUACACAACAAAAUUAUCGCAGCGCAAAAU